CGCGCAGUGGAACCUUGACAUUCGGCUGACAGGACGUGCGCUUGCCAUCCGACAUGACAUUCGGUGUAUUGUCCCAAAUGGGGGCGGGAAGUAAGCAGUUUAUAGACAGGUAUGCAGAAUACGGGACCCCCGUAGCGGACCCACACGUGGUAUACGCGUACGAGCCUCCAACCCAGGGGCAUGUCGAGGCUUCUUCCAAACACACAUACGGCGGCGGACACAAAAGCAAUGCGGCCAUGUCGGCGCUCACGCUGCUAGCUUUCCUGUUCUUCCUACACAUCUUGCAGCAAUGCAUCAAGGACCACAUGGCAUCCAUGAGCACCCCACAGAUCACCAUCAUGACCGCAGGCCGGGAAGGCGAAGCCGCCGUCAAAGAAAAACUCGACAAAACUGGCCUCACGGACAAUAAAAACAAAAACGAAAACGAACUGGCCGAAAACGAAAAAUAUCUGACGAAAAUAAACACGGCGCAACCGCCGCGGUACGGAGCAAACUACAAACACGCGGCGAAAACUUACGGCGAAUUUGUCAACGCUAUGGACGAAAAUAACUGAUUUAAAGCCUGUCGUAUGGGAUGCAAUGAAAUAAAAUAUACAGUAAAGUUUAAAAGACUUUAUUAUCAAGCAUAUCUAGGAAUAAAAUACACAACAUCCAUA